AUGCCGGAUCCUAUCAUCUACAAGGCGACGUAUAGUGGUGUCCCUGUCUAUGAAUUCUUGUGUAAGAGUAUUGCGUGUAUGCGCAGGCGCUCUGAUGGGUGGUUGAACGCUACUCAGAUCCUCAAGGUGGCUGGUUUCGACAAACCUCAAAGGACUAGGAUAUUGGAACGUGAGGUUCAAAGAGGCCUUCAUGAGAAGGUGCAAGGCGGAUACGGCAAAUAUCAGGGGACAUGGGUUCCUCUAGAGCGGGGCCGGGAAAUUGCCAUCCAGUAUAAAGUUGAAGACCUUCUUGACCCCAUUGUGAACUUUCGACCAACUACAGAGAGCCCGCCGCUUGCUCCCAAACAUGUCACAGCCGCUUCUGCGAAACCUAGGGCUCCGAGGGGCGCCGGGCCGAAAGCGGCUGCAAAUCCCAAAAAGGCUGCAAAACCACCUAAGCUAGUCACAGUCCUACCUGCCGAACCGGUACGCCCACUUCGACUCCCAUCAGAAGAACCUGCGGAUGGCGAUCUUAGCGAAAUUGAAGGUCUUGAAUCCUCUAUAAUUGACCCCCUCGAACACGGACAUGCCUCGGGAGGCGAAGACAGGAUGGGACAGUUCCCGAUGGACGGGAGUAGGAAACGAAAGAGAGGACCGAUGAUGGAAAGCCCUAUGGAAAUCAGUCGCCGUCGAAGGGUUGCGUAUAGUGACGAGCUCCUCGACUAUUUUAUGACAAACGAAAAUGGAAUUCCACCAUUCCUCGAAAAUCCGCCGAUGGACUUCGAAGUCAAUGAAAUCAUCGACGAUGAAGGACAUACUGCCUUUCACUGGGCUGCUGCCAUGGGAGACUUGACUGUAGUCGAGCUUUUGUUGAAAGCCGGGGCGGACUUCAACAUGACGAACAAACGUGGCGAGACACCGCUGAUGCGGGCAGUUUUAUUCACCAAUAACUACGACCGCAAGGCAUUCCCUCGACUUGUAACGAUUCUCCGCAGCACAAUCGGGUGCAUCGAUUCCUUUGCAUCCACAGUCUUUCACCAUAUCGCUGCGACAACUUGUUCUCGUAAUAAACUAUUGGCCGCGAAAUACUAUUGCAAUGUCAUCCUUCUCAAGCUCUCAGAAACCGAACCCCAAGGAGAAAUUGGCUCCUUGCUGGAUAGACAAGAUAUGGAAGGAAACACAGCUCUUACAAUCGCAGCGAAGAACAGCGCUCGGAAACUGGUACAAAUGAUGCUGGCAUAUCAUGGAAGCCCUGAUAUCCCAAACAUGGAAGGUCAUACGGCGGAUGAAUAUAUUGUCUUGUACGAGAGAGACCGACGAAGUAUGGCGCAGCAAAAUCGACAGCUUGCCAGUUCAUCACCUAUUCAAGGAUACGAUGGUUACGGGAAUUCGAGUCAGCUGCCAGCCUCCUUUCGGCUUAAUCCGGGCUCUUCUCAAGGAAACGCUACAGUUGCUGCCGUAAAAUAUGCGUUAAACCAUUCAGCCAGUGUCCCUCAGCCCCAUGUGUCUGAAGCUGCAAUGCAGGCUACCCAAAAAUUCAUCCCUCUCAUGGCAGAGAAACUCGAAGACCUCGCCUCGGCAUAUGACAUGGAGCUCCGAGAGAAAGAAGAGGAUCUAUUGCAGGCAAGGGAAUUAUUGGCCUCUGUUAAUGCCGACCUCGAGGCCACCCGGGCUCAGUAUGAGGCCUUGCUCGCAACUGUAGGGUCCGAGGCCCAGUUUGAAUCGGAUCUCCAACAUGCCCGAGAAACGUUUAGGCUGCAGUCCGAAACCCUGCGCAAGGCGAUCGAGCGAAAUCAAUACUUCGAACUAGCGCGGUUGAUUCGGGAUGAAGAAGGGAAGGCUGUCUUUAAGACCAAACCAACAUCUGCAGCCGGGCUAGAGAAAGAACAAAGAGAGCAAUUCGAAAACGCAAAACAGCUGGUUAAAGCACAAUACGGACGGAAUCAAUUGGUUGAGAAGAUUAUCGAGCUGUAUGCUCUGGCUGGGAUUGGGAGUCGUAUGAACGAUUACAGAAAGUUGAUUUCUCUAGCUUUGAAAGUCCAAAUGGACGAAGUUGACGGGUUGAUUCCGGAUAUUCUCCGGAACCUCCAAACUGAAGAUAGUCCGUCGAAUAUGACAGAGUCUUAA